CUGCCCGCCGCCGAGGCGCGCAGCCAGCUGCAGGCGCUGGUGUUCGGCAUGGCCGGCUGCAUCGAGACCUUGGAGAGGCGCCUGGAAGCAGCCGUGGAGACACUGGCAUCUUCCUGCAGCCCUCAGAAGAAUACUGCCCAGAGCCAGCAGCUCUUCCUGCCAGACCCCAGCCCCAGGAAGAACAGGGCUGCUGGCUCAGCUUUGCCAGCCAAAAGGAAGGUUCCGGGAGAGUCUCUCAUUAACCCUGGUUUCAAAAGCAAGAAAGCAUCAUCUGGAGUGAAUUUCGAGGACUCCUGAGUGGUGCUGUCCUGUGCCCUGAUGACAGCCCUGUGGAGCCCUAUCAGCAUGCGCGUGGGUGGAGGAGAGAGUGCCCGGUGUCUGGGGCCAGCUGAGCCCCUCUCACCCAGGGAGGCAACAGAGCCAUCAGCACAUGGCAGCUGACCCUCCACUGGGGUGGUGGCCGGGCCUUUGAGGAGACACCAGUGGUUGCUUUCUUCCCAGCAGCUCUUCCCUGCUGGCAGGGGCCACCUCUUGACUUCAUUUUCCUUGAAUUGGUGGGGUUUGGAAGGAAUUUUUGUAGCACUGCAGAACGGAAGGAUUGCCUGUGCUUAUCUUCUUUCCAGUAAAGGUGUUUUUAGCCAGCCA